UGUCCAUCUCCAAGUCCCUCCCACGUAGCUCACUUUCCCCACAUCCUCUCUCAUCUCAGUUCCUCAUCGUGCCUUCUGCCCCACAACAGGUUUGAAAAGUUGUCCCUACCCAACGUACUUCACCAUGUGACCCUAUUGCUACCCCCCCUGCCCCCCCGGCUUGCCGGGCCACAGUACCUUGAAUGGGGCCCGGCCCACGCUCACACACACAGAGCAGCGUCCGACGGCCACGGCACUUACAGCGAGGGCAGGUGCCAGGCUGUUGUGAAUUAACCUGCUGAGCACACCCAGCCUAACAGAAAUCUAGUGCCGCAGAUGUAAUAAGCAAGGAGUAAAUGCAACAAUCCUGGUUUGUUCUGUGUCAGCCCUCUGCUGUGCUGCUCUUUCCUGGCCAUCCCCCAUGCCUAUCUUUACUGUGCUUCUGAUUUAGAUUGCGUUUGUAAGCUCUUCAGGUGUGUGGCCUCAGGGCAGGGCUGGCACCAUGCCGGGUGUACUGAGCAUGCGGAGCAAUCACAUCGGCUUCCAGGGUAGCAUAAAAACCUCUGCCAGUGACUUCAUCGUGACAGAAAUUGAUACCCUCGGGCGGCUGCUUAGCGAGAGCACAGCCGAGACUCUUGGUGCAUUCGGUGACAUGCCUGCAGCCCCAAACAGCUACUGCCCACAGAGCUCCCACAGGCCCUGGCCAGAGCCUCCGGAACUGCACAGAGAAGAGGUGCUAGGCCCAUUCGACAGCCCCAGUCAUGCUCCAGAAGAUGGCCUGUCGCCAGCCAAAGGCAGCACAGAGCACAUGGCUGGAGCUGCACCUGAAGGUGGGCGCCAUGAGGCAGGUACAUUGGACUCCUUGUUAGACGAGUCUGUGAAUGAACUGUUGAAUCAGUUUGCUUGUAACAUAAAAGAUAGGUGGGACUCAGAACAUGAUCCAGCUGCUCAUCCUGCUGAGUUCUCACUGGGGCCAGUCCUUGACAAGAGGAAUCGAGCUGAUUUACACAGUGCCAUUAGACAGAAAUUUCCUUUCUUAAUGACUGUUACAAAGAAUAAUGAAAUUAUUGUCAAAGCAAACACUGAUUACAAACAGCUCUGUCAACUAGUGUCUGAGGAGGAAGCAUUUGAUUUUUUUAAAUUUUUAGAUGCAAAACUGGAAAACUCUAAAUUUUCUUUUAAGCCUGAUGGGAAUAAGGAGCACAGAAAGGCAGUCCACCAUUUUGUCAGUCAGAAGUUUGGAAAACUUGUAGAAACAAAGUCUUUUUCUGUGACUGACUUUAAUGGUCAGCAAAAUGUAGCAAUAAUAGUAAGGUUGCGGGAGAAGAGUUGGUCCAGGAAAAGGCCGGCUGCUGAUUGCCAGGAAAAACAAGAUGUUUAUACAGGUUUUACCCUUCGAAAAGAAAAUCUGGAAACACUAGAAGCAAUUAGCUAUUUGUCUUCUGAACUUGGUGUUCUUCCUUCAGACUUCAGUUACACAGGCAUCAAAGACAAAAAGGCCAUCACCUACCAAGCUAUGGUUGUGAAAAAAGUGACUCCUGAGAGGUUGAAAGAAAUUGGAAGCACAAUUGAAAGAAAAGGAAUGAAAGUGUAUAAUAUCCAUUCAGUGUGCCAACACCUUAAACUCGGUCAACUGAAGGGGAACCACUUUGAUAUAAUUGUGAGAGAUCUAAAACAUCAGAGCAAUGACUCUUCUGCAGAUCUGAAAGAGAGAAUAUCUGAAGCAUUUGAGAAUGUUAAGACAAAAGGUUUUGUAAACUACUAUGGACCUCAGCGAUUUGGGCAUGGACAGAAUGUUCAGACAGAUCAAAUUGGAUUGGCUUUGCUGAACGAAGAAAUGGUAAAAGCCGUGAAGUUGUUUUUCACACCAGAAGAUACAGAUGAUCCUGUAAACCAGGCAAAGAGAUAUUUUCUUCAAAGCGAUGAUGCAAAGGGAACCCUGGCAAUGUUGCCCGAAUUUAAAGUAAGAGAGAGGAUGUUGCUUCGUGCCUUGAAUCGCUAUGGUGUAAACCAUGAGGGUUGUACACGAGGAUGGCUCAGCAUUCCUCAUUCCAUGCGUAUAUUCUACAUUCAUGCAUAUUGCAGUAAAAUUUGGAAUGAAGCCACAUCUUUUAGGUUUAUGACCUAUGGUUCAAAAGUAGUGGAGGGUGAUCUGGUCCUCUCUGAAGAAAAUGUUGAUGAAAAUUCUUCUCUGAAUGACAGAGUUCACGUAGUAACUGCUCCAGAAGAGUCCGCUAACAAAUAUGCAAUACAUCAAGUGGUUCUUCCAAUGGUUGGACACAGUAUCAAGUAUCCCAAUAAUAAAGUUGGGCAGUGGUACCAUGAAAGGCUUGCCAAGGAUGGGCUGCAGACAUGCAGGUUCAGGGUGUCUGCAUUACAGCUGAACACACCUGGAUGCUACAGACACAUUUUGAAAUAUAUCCACAAUCUGUCAUAUCAUUUCUUAGAAGACAAUGAAAAGGAAAUCAAAACCGAAGAAGACAGUCACCUAAAUGAAUCUAAAGCAUCUCUUCUUUUGUCAUUUGACCUUGAUCCUUCAUGUUAUGCAACUGUUUGUCUGAGGGAAAUAAUGAAAUGUGACCUUUAGAAUAUUCAUAGUAAAAAGUUACAGGAGUAACAUAAUCCAUGGAGGUAUUUUAUAUAUGUUGCCUAUAAAAUAGGGAAAGCUAAUCUUGUUCAUCAUGUACAGUGUAGUUCAGAAAGAAUUAAUGAAUUACUUAGGGUUUUAUUACUUUGUUUUUAAAACUAAAUUUGUAGUCCUGAGUACAUUGGAGCCAAACAAUACUAAACUAUAUAUAAUGUCAUACUUAGAGAAGCCAAGAGCUGCAGGUCUGGCUUUUAACCAGUGAUAUUUGCACAAGCUUUACACCGCAUGACCAAAGCUGGAUUCUGGAGAAAGGGGAAUAUGGUGAAUGGUCAUUUCCUCCUUGCCUUUUAUUACCAUCAUAAGGGCUGGUUAUAUAUUUGGUUCUGUACAAGACACACAAAGACAGCUUCUGCCACAACGCGUUUACAAUCUAGUACUGUCUGUCUACUAGGAAAGCUGCCGUAUCAUAGUGAACAUCCAGGCCUGUUGAAACCUUGCUGAGUUCUAAGGCCCAUUCAUCCUCGCCUGUUUUCACUAUGCAUAUGAACCCAGAGCUAAAAGGAUAUGUGAGGUAAGUAAUAGUGCUGAGUCAUCCUGCUGAUCGUAGGACACUUCUUUAAGCUCACAGCAUGCUCGUCUUUCAGUCAUUCCUGUACUGAGAAAUUGAAGGAAAAAAACAGGCUCAAAAUAAAAAUCUAUGUAAACAGGAACUUCAGGACCCAGAGGUGAACAUGCCAUUAAUACACUUACAGAAGAGUGCUAAUGUUUUUAUUUCCUGACUUCAGGCAGUGUGCUCGUUGCUGGUCAAACCUGCUCACUGCACAAGCUUAAGGUUGUGAGGAAAUCUUGCAGUGAUUGUCACUGGAACCUUGCCAUUAUCACGGUUAAAAGUUAUUUAUAAAAUUCUUCUGUGAAAGAAGUUUGUAAAAAGAGGAUAUUGGCAUGGAAGGGCAGAAAAUUGAAUAAUAAACUAAGAAGCAAAACUAUCACAAUAGCUUUGAGUUGCAUAUGUUAUAUUUAAUCUGUAGAUGGCACUGUGACUUAAAAAUAACCAGUGGAAGAGAACUACUUUGGCCAUUUUUGAGAGAAGGGAUAUGUAAGUUACAAGUGCUUCAAUUUUCUCACACUCUGGUAAACACAACAUUGAUUUACUGUUGUCUGUGACCCCAGUCCUGCAAUUCUUGCUCAAUCCUUAGCAAGGCAAAUAUUCCAGGGUUGAUUCAUCACUUCUUUACACCAGUUUGACAGAAGUGUAAUUCCAGUGACUUCAAUGGAGGUGUAAAAAUGGUCAUCUAGAAUGAAGGAUCAGGUCCCCACUGUGUUUGUCUUUGUAAGGCAUAAGUAAGCAUUGCAGGAUUUGGCACUGAAGUGUCAGGUGGGAAAUAAACUCUUAUGCCAGUAAUAUUUGCAGUGUUAUUGUACACUAAAUAAACUAUUGUGACUAUU